AUGUUUGAAGUCGGAAAUGUAUUAUGGAUUGCAAUUUUUCGAGGAUCUUUACCUAAUUUAAUGAGUAUUGGGAAAUUCAUAGAUUUUUAAACUUUUGAAUGGGAUGAACCAUGCUAAUACUACCGUGAUCCAACAAAUGCAUUUACAUCUAGGUAAUUGCCAUAUGGCCCUGAUGGAGAUUAAAGUACACAUUGGUCAAAUCUUGAUAUUUACUUCGAAUAUGAUAUAACUAAAGUACUCUAUGAUGCAUAUACUUCCUUCGAUUUGGACUUUCGAGUAAUGCAAUUCAAUAAUAGAACUGCAAGCUUUAGAACAUAAUCAGGUGACUGCUAUAUGGUUUCAAAUCCUGGAUUUGUCAACAUAUCUGAUAGAUUAGGAGAGCCAAAUACUGCAAUCUCUGGAGGAUUUCCAGUAGGUUUCAAUAACUACUCAAUGAUGCUGUCUAAAUUUACCCAUUGUGGAAAUUUUCCCAUUACAUAUACCCUAAAGAUAUCGCCUAAUACUGCUUUGCCCUCAUUUAUGUCAUUAGACAUUGAUAAUUUGAUCUUGAAUAUAUCACCUUGGGAUGCUUCUUUCAUUAAAAUUUACAAAUUAAGAUUAACAGGCUCACUAACAGAGAGUCCUUCAAAUUCAAAUUAUACCGAAUUCUAGGUUGAAGUUAUUAAGAAUUAUCCACCAAAUCCUAAAGAUUUUUUGAAGAGUGCCAUAAUUUUUGCACAUCAUAACCAGACAUGGUAAAUAUAUCUUGACAAUGACUUAGAAUUUGAUGAAGCUUAUUUUAAUGUGUCCUUUCUAAGCAGUACUAAUGCAACUAUUACAGCAACUUGGUUUAUUGUUUCUUUUUCUGAUAAUCAAGGCGUUGAAUUUUCAAUACUAGACCCUCCUCAGCCUCCUGCUGGUUCAAACUUGUCCCAAUAUUACAUAAGAGUUAAUGUAUCUGAUCAAUUCUCUAGAUUGACUCCUAAUCUAACCUUUAUCAAUUUGAAAAUUGCUAGAAAUUUUUCCCCUUUCCUUUCACCUAUUGUGAAUUAGACAAUCGAAUCAAUUUACAUAACAAAAUCAUUUUCUUACACUUUGUGGUACCAAAAUUUCACAGAUAAUGAAAAUGACUAAGUAAUUAUUGAUUGCUAAGUAUAUACAACAGCUUUAAACAAAGAUUGGAUUACAAUAGAAGUUAAUAAUACCAUGCCAGGAAACAUUACUUUCUUUGGUCAAACACCAAGGGAUAAUAGAUUCGCUGGAAUUUAUACUUUUAAGUGUAGUGCUGAAGAUCAAUAUGACGGAGCAUUAAAUAUCUACAAUUUCACUCUGAACGUCAAGGCUAAAGAUAAAGACCCUUAAAAUGAGCCUAACUACUACUCAUUGCUAGUUAAUAAUACUGAAUACAAUAAUACAUCGCUACCCUGGCUUUACUGGAAUAAUAAGACUUUGGAAAUAUAUGCACAUCCAUUUUCUAAUAGUCAGGGAGGAAAUCAUUCGAUCUCAAUCAAAUUCGAAGAUAAAAUAUCUCAGUCUGUCUUUAUAAAUUUCACUCUAGAAGUAAUUUAAAAUUGGCCUUUGGUUCCUGUCAAAUAACUUAACAAAAUACUGGCAAUAACAAAUACUUGGUUCUAUUAUGACUUUGUGAAAACAUAAAUAUUUAGAAACCCAGAAGGUGAAGAAUUUUAGAUGUAUUUUAGAACUCCUGAAUCAGAUAAUUCCCUUCCCUAUUUUAUUUCGAAAAACUUUUCAAACGGAACAAUUGGUGGAUUUACUACGGAAGCAAAUAUUGGAACAUAUAAAAUAGAGUGCGUUGGAAUAGAUGAUGCUUUAUGGGAAACUGUGGUCAAUUUCUAAUUGCUUGCUAUUAUAAAUGCCUUUUAUGCUGGGACUAAGACUAUAAUACAUGCGAAGCUUGCAAGACCGGAUAUUACUUUUAUAAUAAUGAAUGUCUAGAAUCUUGCAUUCUUGGGACAUACCAUAAUUAGAUUGAUUGGGAAUGCUCAACUUGCCCAAAAGAAUGCAUUUAAUGCACAGGACCAGACCCAUUAUAAUAUUGCCAGAGAUGCUAAAAAGGCUUUUUUUAUCUUAAUUAAGGUUGCUACAAAUAAUGCCCUAUCGGCUAUUACAAUGAUAAGGCUUCUUAUACUUGCAAAGGUAAAUAAAAUAUCACUAAUUUAAUAUUUGUAAUUAGUUUGUGCUGCUAGUUGCAAUUCAUGCUAUGGACCUUCAACUCUGCAAUGCAAUAAUUGCACAGAAAUUUUCAAUUUAAAUGAGAAAGGAUAAUUGGUCAAGGUAGGGUAUAGCUUGGUUAGAAAUGAAUGUAGAAUGCCAAAAUGUGUUGAUGGAAAGUAUUUUUAAUGGUAGAAUGAAUUAUCUGAUGGAAUUCAUUAUGGAAAAUGUUAAAUAUGUCAUUCAUCCUGCAGAAAAUGUGUAGGACCAACUUCAAAUGAUUGUAUUUAGUGCUAUUCUGGAAAUAUUCUUGAUGAUUUAACAUUUAGUUGCGUUGCAUGUGAAUCUAUAGUUGGAUAUUUCACGAAUGAGGAAUUCGAAUGCGAAGAUAUAUGUGGAGAUGGAAUUUUAAGAGUUAAAUAAUGUGAUGAUGGUAAUCUAAAAAAUGGAGAUGGAUGUAACUAGGAUUGUUAAAUUGAAUAUGGAUAUUCUUGUCCAAUUCCAAAUACUACUUGCAAAGAAAUAAUAUCACCAACAUUGUUUGUUAGAGCUAUAACACCAUUAAAUUUGAUUUAUGUGGAGUUUUCAGAAGGUGUUUAACUAACAGAAGCAUCAGCAUUAUCUUUUGCUAAUAUAGAAAUUAAAAUUGAGGGAACCAAAUCUGAAUAUAUUUUUGAUUGGAGGAUUAUAGAAGAUCUUAAAAAUCCUUUAGUGCCUGGUAGAAUUAUUUAAAGAUUUUAGAUUAAAUUACAAGACCUAAAAACGUCUUUGGAAGGAACAGAGAAUAUUAAAAUCUCUUUAAAAAACUAUUCCUAAGUUACUGAUUUAGCUGAAAAUUCUGUGACUUAAGAUUCUUUCGCAUCUGUUAAUCCGUACCCAUUUAUAUAUUUCAGCCCUGUUGAAUAAUCAACUGCAUAAAAUGGAGGUCAGUCUUUGAAAUAUACUUUCUUAUCAGUUUUUAGUUUCAACAUAGCAUUGAAAAUUCUGCUCAACUCAUCAAUGCAAUUUCUAUGGGGAUUAGUGCACGCUCUUUAAGUUUUCAACUUCCUAUUGUAUAUGAAUAUUGAUUUCCCUGAAAAUGUAGAAUUAUUUUCCAACUAUUUGAAAGUAGCAUCAGGAGAUAUUGAUGAAUUUAAUCAGUUUAUCCCUAAUAUUGGAGAUUAUAUUAUUGAUGAAAAUUAAGUAAAUGAAGCUAUUGACAAUGAAAAACUUUAAUAGAAAUUUCAAGAUGAUGAGAUUUCUCCUUAUUUUAUAAUUGCUUUUGGAUAAAAAUUAACACUUUGGGUAUUGGGUUUAUUGGUUAUUUUACCCAUUGCUGUAAUUCUAAAUAAACUUUGCAAAAAAAUGUCAUUGUGGGAAAACAUUAUAGGAUUUUUCUUCUUUAAUGGCCCGUUACGGACAUUUGUUGAAAUGUAUAUAGAAUUAAUCAUGCAAGUUGUCAUCAAUACUUAAUUCAUUAAGUACAGAAACUAAAGCUAAAUCAUAGCUACUUUAACUGUAUUUGCUUUUGGUGCUAUUUCCUUGCUUUUGCCAUUUAUUACGAUGACUGUCAUAUACAAAAAUAUGAAAAAAAUUUAGAAAAAAAAUUGGAUUUACAGUUGGGGAAUGCUGACAGAAGAAUUGAGAAAAAAAAGUAUCCUACAAUUAUACUAUUAUCCAAUAUUUAUGUUUUAAAGAUUGAUUAUUGUGGAAAUCAUAGUAUAUCUUUAUGAUAGUCCAUUUAUUUAAUGCUUGGCUGUUGCAAUAUGCAAUAUUAUGAUGAUCCUUUAUUUGAUUACUGUAAAACCAUUCCAUAGUGAAAGUUAACAAACAACCACAGUCAUUGAUGAAUUUGUUAUAUUACUUUGUCUUUUAGUAUUUAUCUAAUUGGGUGGAAGUUAAAUGACUCAGGAUAAAAGAAAGAAUUUGGGAUGGAUAUUAAUCUUCCUAAUAUUAUCAAGUGUGUGUAAAAAUUUCGGAGUUGUUUUGUAUUUUACAGUUAAAGAAAGUUGA